CCGGGAUUUAACGUUCGACGAAGUUGAUCGGUGUUGACUUAAGCGCAUACCAAGGAGUAGAAGCUAUCUGCGCUUACCUCGAGGUGCGAUGCAUGGAAUUGGUGGGUUUAACGUCCUACUUUGUCAGGAAGCCUACGAUACGAGUCCACCUUGAAAUCACACUUUUCACCUCGUCUUCACAAAGACAGCGACUCGCCCACUACGAACUUGUAGCUGAUUACCUGCGACAAGUCCUGGGAAUUAUUCCGGGCCAAGCUAAUUUGGUCCUGCAUCCAAAGCGAGUAAGGAACGAUCAUAGUCAAUAACGAAGUCUGCGCCCCGCACAUGCAGCUCAAAGGAUUUUCCUUACACUAACUGGAAUAUAAUGGAGGAAGAAAGGGAACUGUG